ACAGUAACAACCUUGAGCAACCCGGAUGUGAUUUAGGUUUUCAAUGUGACUUACCUAAGUUAGCCUAGUUGUAGUGGUUCUCCAUUCAAAAUGUUCCUUACUACUGUAAAUCUGGCCAAGGCCAAGUCAAAGACUGUCCUAGUGCAAAUGGUUAGUGCUGCUGGGACAGGUUACUGCUUUAACACAAAGAGGAAUCGACUACGGGAAAAACUGGUGCUGCGGAAAAAUGACCCUUUCGUAAACAAGCAUGUCCUCUUUUUUGAAAAGAAGAAGAUUAGGUCAAUUUAACCAUGAACAGCAACAAAUUAAGACUUUUUUCAAUCUGCAACAUCUAGGCAGAUAUUACUGAUAUUUUCAUUGUCUAAAAUGGGAAUGACCAUCAUGCGUGAGAAGAACCAAGGAAUUCCUGUUGGAGUAUUCCAGGAUGAAAUCGACUUAUUGUAAAACAUUUGAGAUGAUCCAAGUGGCAGAAAAACUGUAUCAGUUCGGUUUCCAUUCACAUUAUUACCUGUUGUUUUUUAGUAUAUUUUUUUUACAAUGGAAGCCCAUUUCUGAUUUCCCCAUUUAGUUUUUUGACUUAAUGAAAUCAGCUCUUUUUGAUAAUCAUGCAAAAUUUCAGGCUACCUGUGUAAACGCACCAUAUAAUAAUUUUUUUCUUAAACCUGUUUCAUGUUGUUACUCACUUGUAUUCAAUUUCUCCACCUUAUGCUUUAUCGAACUGAUUGUUUGUUCCACACAUGUAUUGUACCUGGGAACAUCUAAGGACUAAAACUAUCCAUCAGUGGUACAAACUAUUCUGGGUUGGUGUUACCUUUUUGAUGUUUUUCACUUUAACAAUUCAAGUAAAUUAUUUCUAAUUGGUCAGAAUAAAAAUGAAAUGUUUUUCCCCCUUGA